AACGACUUAGAGGAAAAGGGAAAGAAAAUAUUACCUUGGGAAAAUCAUUUCGUGAGCACCACCGCAAUCGCAACCACAACCAACGUUGAUUAUUCGAUGGAGGCAUCGUCGUCAUCGUCUUCUUCGAAUUCGAAGGCAGUAAGCGAUUGUGAAGAACGAAAUUGGCUGGAUCUUCCACGAGAUGUGGUGUCAACGAUAUUCAUGAAGCUGGGGGCUAUGGAGAUCCUGAUUAACGUUCAGCGUGUUUGCUCUGUGUGGCGCAACAUCUCGAAGGACCCUCUCCUUUGGCGCACCAUCGACAUGCACAAUUCUGGUGAUCUCAACGACAUCGACUACGAUUUGGGGAUUAUGUGUCGCCGUGCAAUUGACUAUAGCUCUGGCCUUUUGCUCGAUAUUAACAUCGAGUAUUUCGGUACCGAUGAUCUCCUUCACUACAUCACUCAUUCUACAAGUCAUCUACGACGCCUACGUCUUGCAUGUUGCUUUAGCAUAUCGGAUGAAGGAUUGUGUGAAGUUGCAAAAAACCUUGCUCAGUUGGAGGAACUUGAUAUAUCAAUCAGCAACUUAUCCAGUGAUCCUCUAGAAGCUAUUGGCCGAUCUUGCCCUCACUUAAAAUCCUUGAAAUUCAACAUGGAAAGUUACAGGCAUCCGCACAUGGAGUGUGAUGAGGACGCAUUAGCUAUUGCACAAACCAUGCCAGAGUUACGCCAUCUCCAGCUUUUUGGAAACAAGCUGACUAAUGAUGGCUUGCUUGCCAUUCUUGAUGGCUGUCCUCACCUUGAAUCUCUUGAUGUACGACAGUGUUUCAAUCUUAAUUUGGGAGGAAGUUUGGGGAGGAGAUGUGCUGAACAGAUUAAAGAUUUUCGGCUUCCAUAUGAUCACACGGAUGACUACCCAUUUGAAGUUGAAAUUGAUUAUGGAUUACUUAAUGAAGACUACCCAUCUGGGACGUCAGACAUAGAUUUCUUGUCUGAUGGUGAUUAUGACUAUUAUGAAUUCUCAGGUGGGAGUGAAUUUUCUGAGUAUGAUUAUGAUAAUUAUUAUGACUUUUGACAAAUUUGAAACAUUUCAGCACGGGCAAAAUAAGUGCUGUGAAUAUUUGUUACCACUCUUCGUUAUUUCUCUCUGUAACAUUGGGAUCAAAUGAAAGCCAGGAAAUACUCAGCAAUGCAUUCCAUUAAAGUAACCUGAACCUUCUACUAAAGAUACUCAAUGUAGUGAUGCUGUUUUAAUGAAUUUGGUAGGUGGAGACAGCCUGAUGGUCGUUUACAUGGGCAGAUAGCUGAUAAUCAUCUGGAACCUUUGCGAAGCCCAUUCACUGUUUGCAACUUGUAUUUAUCAGAUACAUGUAAGAAGCAAUUUCAAUCCAAAAGGUGAUGUUGAUGUAUAAUGUUGUAAGAAUUUCCUUGGGUUUAUGUUGAAAUCUGUGACUCUGAACUUUGGUUUUCUUAAAAAAAAAUUGGGUUGGUGCGCUUGACCUUUUUUCUAUACCAUGAU